GCGCGCUCAGUGCUGUCUUCUGGCCGGAGCCGAGCAGCGGCGGCGGCGUUUGAGUGGAGGAAGAUGGCGGCUCCGGGUGGUUCGGGGUCCUGGCAGCUGUGAGGACUCCCCAGCACUGCAGACGCGGCCUGGGGCGAAGUGCCUCUGGUCUGGUCCUGCCCCGGGGUCCCUCACCACUCUCACCAGCGGAGCGAACCCGAGAACGUGGAGCGGGCCGGGCCAGAUCUGCAGUGGAUGAGCGAACCAGAAAGAUGUCCACCUUAAAACUGAAGCCAUGAAAUGAAGCCUGCUUGGUGGUGUGCACACCUUGUUAUCCCAGCACUCUGGAAGGUUGAGACAGGAGGAUCCUAAGUUCAAGGCCUACUUGGGCAAUUUGCUUUGGAGUGGAAUGUCAUGGCCAGCUCUUCAGACAGUGAAGAUGACAGUUUCAUGGCUGUGGACCAAGAAGAAACUGCGCCGGAAGGGACAAUGGAGCAAGAUGAAAACGCCCACCCAGGACUGGAGGUUGAGGAGCCUCGACACAAUAGGUCUAUGUCAGAGCUGCCAGAAGAAGUUUUAGAGUAUAUCUUGUCUUUCCUCUCACCGUAUCAGGAGCACAAGACUGCGGCCCUCGUCUGCAAACAAUGGUAUCGACUUAUCAAAGGAGUAGCCCAUCAGUGUUACCAUGGUUUCAUGAAGGCUGUUCAGGAAGGAAACAUUCAGUGGGAGAGCCGCACUUACCCGUACCCUGGAACCCCAAUUACUCAGCGGUUCUCACACAGUGCGUGCUAUUAUGAUGCUAAUCAGUCUAUGUAUGUGUUCGGAGGUUGUACCCAGAGCAGCUGUAAUGCUGCCUUCAAUGACCUCUGGAGACUUGACCUCAACAGCAAAGAGUGGAUUCGACCCUUGGCUUCAGGCUCUUACCCUUCCCCCAAAGCUGGAGCAACUCUGGUUGUAUACAAGGACUUGCUAGUGCUCUUUGGUGGCUGGACACGACCAAGCCCUUAUCCUCUGCACCAACCAGAGAGAUUCUUUGAUGAAAUACACACUUACUCACCCUCUAAAAACUGGUGGAAUUGCAUUGUAACAACCCAUGGGCCACCUCCCAUGGCCGGCCACUCCUCCUGUGUGAUAGAUGAUAAAAUGAUUGUCUUUGGUGGUUCUUUAGGAUCCCGGCAAAUGAGCAAUGAUGUCUGGGUCCUUGAUCUCGAGCAGUGGGCAUGGUCCAAGCCGAACAUCACCGGCCCCAGUCCUCAUCCUCGAGGUGGUCAAUCUCAGAUUGUCAUAGACAGUGCGACUAUCUUAAUCCUUGGAGGGUGUGGCGGUCCCAACGCUCUUUUCAAGGAUGCUUGGUUGUUGCACAUGCACUCGGGUCCCUGGGCCUGGCAGCCACUCAAGGUAGAAAAUGAAGAUCAUGGGGCUCCAGAGCUGUGGUGCCAUCCAGCCUGCCGGGUGGGACAGUGUGUGGUGGUCUUCAGCCAGGCUCCCAGCGGGAGAGCGCCCCUCAGCCCCAGUUUGAACUCUCGCCCAUCACCUAUCAGUGCCACUCCUCCAGCCCUGGUCCCUGAAACCCGAGAGUACCGCUCGCAGUCUCCGGUGAGGAGUAUGGAUGAAGCUCCUUGUGUGAACGGCCGCUGGGGAACACUGAGGCCCAGGGCUCAAAGGCAGACUCCCUCAGGUUCCCGGGAAGGGAGCCUAUCCCCGGCCAGAGGAGAUGGCUCUCCUGUUCUCAAUGGUGGGAGUUUAUCUCCAGGAACAGCAGCUGUCGGUGGCUCUUCCCUGGACAGUCCUGUGCAGGCCCUAUCUCCAAGCACUCCUUCUGCCGCUGAAGGGUAUGACCUGAAAGGGGGACUUGCUUUAGCCCCUCGACGAGGGUCGCUGCCAGAUCAGAAAGAUCUGAGACUAGGCUCCAUUGAUGUGAGUUGGGACCUGAAACCUGCUUCUGGUAGCAAUCACGUGGAUGGCGUGGACAACAGGACAGCUGGGGGGAGUGCGAGACACCCUCCAGAACAGACCAAUGGCGUGCAUACCCCUCCACACGUGGCCAGUGCCCUUGUGGGGGCUGUCUCACCCAGUGCCCUGCGCCGGAGUCUGGAGGCCAUCAAAGCAAUAUCUUCCAAGGGCCCCUCGGCCUCUGCAGCACUGAGUCCUCCUCUUGGGUCUUCUCCAGGCUCCCCUGGGAGCCAGAGCCUGAGCAGUGGAGAAACAGUACCCAUCCCCCGCCCAGGCCCCACAGGACCUGGCCAAGGAGAUGGACAUUCCUUACCUCCCAUUGCCCGCCGCCUGGGCCACCACCCGCCACAGUCCCUCAAUGUCGGCAAGCCCUUGUACCAGAGUAUGAACUGCAAGCCCAUGCAGAUGUACGUGCUGGACAUUAAAGACACCAAGGAGAAGGGGCGGGUCAAGUGGAAAGUAUUCAGCAGCGCCUCUGUGGUGGGGCCUCCUGAAACCAGCCUGCACACAGUGGUCCAAGGCAGAGGUGAGCUCAUUAUAUUCGGAGGACUCAUGGACAAGAAGCAGAAUGUGAAGUACUAUCCAAAAACAAACGCCUUGUACUUCGUGCGUGCAAAGAGAUAAUGUGUCCGGACCCCCUUUCCCUUUCUGUAGCUUUUAAUUUGGAAUUUCCCAGUGUGCAAGCUUUUGGACUAAGAAUUGGGAAAACAGUUAACAUUAUUCCCAUAAACCAAAACUCCAGUGCCCAGUCUAACUCACUCCAGGCUGGGAUCAAAUCUUCAUUAAGAAAAAAAUUAUAUAUAAAACAUAUAUUAUAUAACCAACUCUGUUUACAAAAGGGAGAGAUCUCCGUCCUAGUUCAGAUAAAACUGUUGCUGUGUUUUAGCAGAGGCUGUGCUGCCUUUUUCUACUUUGCUGAUAACUAGACUAAGAGUCACUAUGUUUCCAGUAGAAACCGAAGAGCCCCUGUACAUCUCUCUUUAUGUGGCCUUCUCAGAAUCAGAGAAUGGGAAGGGCACGAAUAAGACGCAAAGGAGCUUUCGGCGCAGCCCCCACUUCUGCAGGUGCUGGCGGGGAAGAGACUCAGAAGGAAACUGCAGAGGGCCUGUGCCCGCCCUGUCCCCUUCUGCCCUCUGUGACCCAGGGAAGUCACCCAGCAAGGGAUUUCUUUUUCCAGGUGUGCCAGGAUCAUCGAGGGGUGCCCACGCAGCCGACAUCUGUCCGCCUCCUGCCCGUUAGUCGUUUGAGUGCUCCCUACAUGUCUCAGAAAACAUUUGCUAUUUGAUUAUGGAAUUUCCUGACAAUCAUGUUCGGUUGCAAGUUCCCAAAACCUAUAUUUGUUCUCCUUUUCCUUAUUUUAGAAUUUUUGUCCCCAGUGGCUACAUUUUCCAUGUAAAGGCUGCUCUCCACCACACACACACCUUUUUUCUUGUGGAUUUCCUAAGCCCUAAAGCUUUCUUACUUUGUUUUUUUCACAGAGCUCAGAUUCCUAGAGAAAUCAUGCUUCUUAGACGUAGUUCCAGAACACUUUCCCUGGUAUCACUGGGGGGCAAGUAGGGAAUUCUAAGAUGCUAGUAUUGUGAAAGAUCUUUGAAGCAUUGAAAGGCACUUUUUCCCUGUGGACUUCUUUUUAGUUCCAGAGCACACUGGGCAUGCUCAUCCAUAUUUGUAGAACAUGGAAAUUGGUCCUGGAAAGAAUCCUAAUAACAGUUCCUUCUAAGAGCCGGGAGGAGUUUGUUCCCUUCAACAUGUGUUCUUGUGCCUGGCUGUUGGCCGGUGACUGGAUUGCAUAUCAUGUACUUGACCUUCGUGACACUGGCUGCCCUGAGGAGCAGCUUCAUCACUUUAUUUACGCUUGCCUUGAAGUUCAUGUGUCACCCAAACAAAGGUACAACCAAGUAAGAACAUUUCUUUGAUUAAUACAGAAAGUUAGAAGUUGCCUAGUCUUCAAAGCGUGGCCGCGACAUGGGAAAUGUCAAACGAGUUUAUUUCAAAUGGGACCAUUUAAAUACAGGGUUUUGGUGAUUUCUCA